CAAGGGGCAAGAGUUUUACCUGGUUAGGUAAACCAUCCAGAUCAGGAAAACAAUCCCACCACCACCACUGGCUUUGGGACCUGUGGUGCCACCUCUGAAAUCACCAUACAAUGCUACAAACAUAUCAUUUGACCAUAAUCAAUCUCAACAUUUCGAUUUAGUAUCUAUUAAUGUUUACUUGCAUAUCUCGUAAUUUCGAAUACAUAACUCAAAUUUUUUACUUGCAUACCAUGAAAUUUCGAGUUAAUAUUGACAUAAAAAAUAUUUUAAGAAAUGGUGGCGGGAAUGGGCUUCCACAAUAACUUGUGUCUGGCGCUUUUGUAACAACCUGCGGUUACAAAACUGGUAGUUAAAAACAUUCAGACAUUCUGUUAUGAAGAAGAGUCAUGACCCAUCCCCCCUGAGUAACCUCUUGAAAUUCCUCUAGUCCAGUGUCGAAGUGCGUUCGUCGGAGAUGGCGAUGGAGAAUUUCAAGCAGUUCCUGUUCGCGCUAUCGGCCGCUUUAUCCGUUGGUUUUGUGUCGAUAAUUUUUGUUUUGAGAUGGGUCUUCUACUUCAAGGAAGGUUUAGCAUGGGAUGGAGGAUUUGCGGAAUUCAAUUGGCACCCUGUUUUAAUCGUUACCGGGUUCAUUUUUAUGCAGGGAAUUGCCAUUGUGGUGUAUAGGUUGCCAUGGACCUGGAAGUGCAGCAAGUUAAUGAUGAAGUUUAUUCAUGCUGGCUUAAACGUAUUGGCCUUCAUUUUCGCUGUCAUAUCUCUGGUGGCAGUAUUUGACUUCCACAAUGCACAAAUCAUCCCCAACAUGUAUAGCCUGCACAGCUGGGUGGGGCUAGCAGCAGUGAUACUAUAUUCACUACAGCUUGUUCUGGGAGUGUGUAUAUACUUGAUACCCAUCACUCCGAUAUACCUGAGAGCAGCAUUUAUGCCCCUGCACGUCUACAGUGGCCUGUUCAUCUUUGCCAGUGUCAUAGCCACAGCACUCAUGGGCAUCACAGAGAAACUCAUUUUUGGCCUGAAAUAUCCCAAGUACAAGGACUCUCCCCCAGAGGCCAACUUUGUGAAUGUGCUGGGAGUAUUGAUAGUCGUUUUUGGCGCAAUAAUUCUCUGGAUCGCUACUCGCCCCUCUUGGAAACGCCCCAGUGAGCAGGUCCUGCGCUCACUGCCAACUUACAGGGAUGGGUCAGCUGGCACCAAAAUGGGCACUGCCCUGUCACAACAAACUGACCCGAUUGACCCCGAAGGCAAUGGAGAUGCCAGGAGAAGGAGUGGUAAAUUGGAGGACUCAGGACAGGUCAACUGAGUAAUAUGAAAACCAACUGCUGGUUCUGUCUGUUUGUUGAUGCUUUAAAAAGUUGCAUGGAUCCACUGUUCUGGCAGUCCCAAAGCAAAUGUAAACCUUUGUAUUAACUAUAGUUCCAAAUAGCACCUUGAGGAAUUGUUCCCAACCAUUCCAGAAUGUUGACCUUUAAUUAAGCAGUUUUUUUAUUUUGUAUUUUUUUACAAAUAAAUUAAACAGCUCAAUUUGA